AUGUCGAAUACACACAAACUUAAGACACUGACGCCGUCAUCGCUUCUUCGGGUUGUGAAUUACAUGAAGCGCUCCGAGGACAUCAGAAAUAUUCCCCUGAUAUCCAAAAAGUAUAAGAACAUCCUCAGACUCUUUACUUUUAACCCAACAGACGACAUCUCACUGUUUGACAACAUGGAGGUCCACUUCAUGUACACCCCAACAUGCCCCUCUGUCAAAGGCAAAAAGACUAUUGUGACGUAUCCACUCAGUAUCCACGAGUCAAUCCGCCACAUCAAAAUUGGACGGAAGUGUGCAAAUGUUAUAUUUACUAAAGAAGACAGAGAGAUCUUUGGUGACACAAUUCCACGGUCCGUAACUGUCAGAAUUCUCCCCCCGGGAUCAAAACCACAGACUCCAUCCUCUUCCGCAGCAGUGUCCAGACAUUCCUCGAUCUUAUCAUUUUCUUCAAGAAGCUCAUUUGAAAAAGCUACUGGUAACUCGAGAAUCAUUAAACUUGAUUUUGUCCCUUCAAUUGGGGAAACGACUUUUCGGAAUGACACAACCAUCCAAGACGUCUGCUUUAAAGAUCUUUUGAGAGUGAAAACACGAGCGUUUCAGAUGUGCGAAAAUUUGGUAUCGUUCCAGGCAGACUCCGUCGCCAUUUUGGAGGACUUCUGUUUCUCAAAGUGUCAUAUGUUGAAGCGAGUAACGAUCGGGAAACUGGAAGUCAUCGGACACAACUGUUUUAACGAGUGUUACAAAUUAAAGCACUUCAAUGUGGGGCAACUAGGGUUUCCCAUAUACGUUGAAUUGGUGACGUAUUCUGUAGCAAUGGCGUUGUACCAGAGUAAUGUGUUGUGCACCGAUACUGUCUUUUGUCAGAUGGAUAAAAAGCGAUAUGGAGAGACGAUUCCUUUUAAUUUGCCGGUUCACCAUUUAGAGGACGACUGUUUUGCUUUUUCUGAUGUUAAUAUGAGAGAGUUAGUAUUACCUCCUUCUGUGGUCUCUUUGGGGUGUCGGUGCUUUAUUGAAUGCACUUCUAUACAGUGUGUUACGUUAUCACCACAUUUACAGUCGAUUGGAGAAAAAUGCUUUUAUGGAUGUACUUUACUGUAUAAGAUCGAGUUACCGGACUCUCUUACGUCGAUUGGGAACAACUGCUUUGAUGGAUGCCCCAAUUUAAAGGUGCUCACUGCGCCAACCGCAUUAAACCCUAUACGAGCAAAUAUGUCGUAUCACGUGUGUAAACUGUUUGAAGCCAUCAAAGUGAAGUGUUUGUCUGUGUGUUACACGAGUACCGACCGACAGAUCUAUGGCGACAUAUUGCCACAAAGCUGCGCGUUUUUGUCACUGAGCGAGAGCUGCUUCAAAAACUUUGAAUUAAUUCAAAGCAUCACUCCACAGACUUCGAGAAGUAAUCACUCGUUAAAGCUUCCCUCGACUUUAGUCUCAUUGGAUAAGAACUGCUUUCAAAAUUGUGUGAAUUUGAAGAACGUCGUCAUCCCGCAAUCAGUCGAGUCAUUAGGAGAAAGUUGCUUUGCGGACUGCGUCUCACUCAUUUCAGUGACCCUCCCCUCUUCCGUCAAAAUAAUUAGCAACAACUGUUUUCGAGGGUGUAAGAGUUUGAAGAAUAUCAUCUUCCCUCCAACCGUCCGACUGGGUGAGAAAUGCUUUUCGGGGUGUUAUGCGUUGAACACAAAACUGAAUGCGCCGUCAAAUUGUUGGUGA